CUUCCUCGAUCCUCUUUAUAAAAUCCAAGCAAAGCUCUCUGGCUUUCCGUGGAACCAAACAAUACCUUAUCCCGCGUUCUCUCCUCUCCUUUGCAAGAAAUCCCUAUCUCAUUGUUUCCAUUCUCUCACAUCUCUUUCUCUUUACUUCACCACAGAAACAAUUCCUUAUCUCUUUCCCAUUGGUUUUUUCUUUCCCUUUUGUUUUCCCUUCGUAAAAUUACGCUGUUAAUUCUAUUCCAAUUUUGGAUUUCUGAAGGAAAAACAAAAGGAGAAAGAAAAAAACCCCACCAUUUCUUUUCCCCUUUCUCUUCAAUUCUAAUCCAUUGGUUUGCGUUGAUUUAAUUUAUCGUCGCAAUUUUUUUUUUAAUUUUUAACAUAUUCUUAUUUAUUCUUUAUUACCCAUUAACCAAAAAAAAUGGCAAUUGCUUGGUCUGAAAAAGCUUCUUCUAUGGAGGCUUUGUCUUUGUAUCCUCCUAUGUCUCCGCCCGUCAUCCUAACCCAAGAUGAAUUGAAAAAAAUUGCUGCUUACAAGGCCGUUGAGUUCGUCGAAUCAGGUAUGGUUUUGGGUCUGGGCACAGGUUCCACAGCCAAACACGCCGUAGAUCGAAUCGGCGAGUUGCUUCGUCAAGGCAAGCUCAGCAACAUCAUAGGAAUUCCCACCUCGAAGAAAACACAAGAACAAGCUCUUUCUUUAGGUAUCCCACUUUCAGAUCUUGACAACCAUCCCAACAUUGAUUUAGCAAUCGACGGUGCUGAUGAAGUGGACCCACAUCUUAAUCUCGUCAAAGGCAGAGGUGGGUCUCUUUUAAGAGAGAAAAUGGUGGAAGGAGCUUGUAAGAAAUUUGUUUGUAUUGUUGAUGAAUCCAAGUUGGUUAAGUAUUUGGGAGGGAGCGGUUUGGCUAUGCCUGUUGAAGUCGUUCCCUUUUGUUGGAAAUUUACUGCUAAUAAACUCCAAAACUUGUUUGAAGAUUCGGGUUGCGUCGCCAAGCUGAGGAAUGACUAUAAAGGGGAGCCUUUUGUCACAGAUAACGGAAAUUAUAUUGUCGAUUUGUAUUUGAAGAAAGAUAUGGGGGAUUUGCAGGUAGCAAGUGAUGCUAUUUUGAGGAUUGCUGGUGUUGUUGAACAUGGCAUGUUUCUUGAUAUGGCUACUACAGCUAUUAUUGCAGGUGAGCUUGGAAUCACAAUCAAGAAUAAGUAGAAACUGAAAAUUAUUUAACCCUAUUCAAUAUUUAGGAAGUUGCUAUUGUAACAGGGGAGGGGGGGGGGUUUGGAUUCCUUUCUGGCAUCUAUUGAUUGAGGAGAGUGGUCUCUUCAAGUUUUGCUAUUUCCUUUGGAGGCAAUUUCAAGGGAAGAUUGGAUUUAGGAAUGUUAGGGUUGUGACAGCAGUUGAACUAUGAGCAUUAUGUAUGUCAACUCAACUGUUAUGAUAAUUUUAAUCUUAAAAUCUGAUUAUUAUUUUGA